CUGUCUCUGCGCUCAUGUGAUUACCUUUAAUUGAAAUUUUCGCUCGUAAGCGUAUCGGUAACAGCAUAUGAAUGAACGUAAUUUUUAACGUUAGUGUACAGUUUACGCGUGUGUACACUCAAGCCAGCCAUGUCCCCAUCCUCGAUCAUCGUGUGACGUUGUAACAAUCAAUGAUCGCGAAUGUCAAUGUGACCAACACUCCUCACUGCUGUUUAUGUUAUUGUCAAACAUUCGCAUAGCGGGAUGGGCUCCAGCAGCCUUGCGUCCAAAGCAGAGCAGUACCUGUACAAUAUCAAUCCUCUGGCUCAGAGGAUCGGCCAGGAUAUAACUGCAACGAAAGAGGCUUACGAGGGCUUGUGGAAUACUCUGAGCACGGCGGAGCGGAAUCAAGCCAUCAACGAGACUAUAAUUCAACCUGAGGUAGCGUUAAAGUACACCCUGAAGAAGCUGGAGCUGACCAAAGAGUUACCCGAAUGGUAUCCGAAGCUGCGUAUACAGACUGGAAUGAAAUAUGUCAUCGACGAGACUGGUUCUACACUAAAAUGGCGAGACGAGCACUCAGCACCGUUCUCAUUCAUGACACAGUCGCAGAUGAAUCUGAGUCUGAUAGACUCCGGCGAAGAUCCCAAGUCCAAGUCGAUGAGGACUCAUUUCGGAGAGUCUCCGCACUUCUCCACCAGCCCCAUCACGGCACAGAGGAGCAAUCCUUGUUCCCUGAGCGACAGUUACAGCUCAGCUCACCAAGUCAGCUGUUACCAGUCGGACUGUUACGCCAGCAGUCUGUUCGAGAACGAUCAGUGCAGUGAUUUGCUGACCAAUGAAAUGGACACUGAACACUCCGACAGUAUCUUCGCCAAGCUGAUCAACAAGACCUCCUUGUUGAAGUUGCAGAGCAACGUUGAGGAUGACGACAUGGAGAGUCUGGUGAGGGAGAGGGACUCCGACACGGACAAGAGUCAGUCCAAUACUUUAGUGAUGAUGUCGCGGACCAAGUCGAGCGACAUAAACGAGUCUACCGCCCUGUUGGAGACGCCGAGUUCCUACAGCAGCUUCCAGUCGACCCAACUGAACCAAGAAGAGGAGGAGAGAAGUAUACCAAAGACUGGAUUUGAAUUUCUCGAUAACUGGUAAGCCGCUGUCUUGCGGAAACGCGAUUUCCUCCCCCCCACCCCCCUCCCUCCUGAAUUCACUCUUAUUCGUGCAUAUAUUCGAGCGAUAUGACCUGAUUUUUUUUUUUAUAUUGUAUAAAAGUAAUAGUUGCGUGCGUGUGUGUGUGUGUGUAUGCGUGAAAGCCAGAGGCAUUACAUAAUUAAUAUAGGUAGUACCCAGCGGAGUAUUUUCUAUACAACAUGACUUUUGUAGAGACUUUUUUACACUUUUAUUUUGUAAUACUUUUACUUUUUAUCGCUACCCCGAGGUAAGACUGACUGGAACAAAUUCUCGCGUGUGUCUCCACGGAUAUGCCUGAUCCUAUUUACAUGCUCACACAGAGGGAACCAUAAGUACAUAUCGCGCUUGGAAGUUCGAACAACGUAGCCAGUUUAGAUUUGUUACCUUCCUUCUUUUUUUAUAGAGAAAAUAUAGUAUAUAUAUAUAUAUAUAUAUAUAUAUAUAUGUAACGUAUUUUAUAGUGUUGAUGUAUCCCUCGUAGAGUGUACGCGCUUAUAUAUAUAUACAUACGAA